UCCUUUGAUGGUUCGUCAAGUGAAUGAUCAAAUGAUGCUUGUGGAAAGAACUUUCAUUAAACCUAAUGGACUUCCUGAACAACCACUGAAAAGAAAUGUUGCUUUUGCACCAAGCAAGUAUGAUUCUUAUUCAUCACAUGGGUUUCCUGCAAUACAGGAUUUGUUAUAUGGUAUUGACAACCUAAAUGAUGAGGACCAACAUGCAAGAUGGGAAGAAAUUAAACUUCAUAUUUCAGACCUCACAGUUAUCAUCCGACAAGCGAAAGCUGUGCUU